AUGGAUCAGUCGGACGGCAGACCUGAUGAGUCCCUCGCAAGCAUGACGCGGACCGCACGGUUGACACAAUGGGCUGCAGCGCUAUCCUACGACGAAAUACCCAGCGCAGUGAUUGAACAGACGAAGUUGCUUUUCUUGGACUGGCUAGGCUGCUGCGUUGCGGGCAGAAGCCAUGCUUCAGUUCAAUCCAUGCUGCAUUUCGCGCAAACGAUGGGGCCAAAAGAGGGACGGAGCGAGUUGGUAUCGUUCGCGGGUGUUACCACUAGCCCAUACUUUGCGGCAAUGGUCAAUGGCGCGAGCUCCCACGUUGUGGAGCAAGAUGAUCUUCACAAUAGCAGCAUGAUACAUCCGGCCACGGUUGUUUUCCCAGCGGCACUGGCGGUUGCCCAGGAUGUGGGUUGUUCAGGAUCAGACUUCCUGAAAGCAUGCGUGAUUGGAUACGAGUUUGCAUGCCGAGCGGGCGAAUGUCUGGGCAAAGAACACUACAAGGCUUUCCAUUCAACCGCCACAGCUGGAGUUCUUGGUGCGGCUGCUGCCACUACUUGCCUGCUGAAAGGAACCAGCCCCGUGUACUUGUCUGCUCUUGGGACAGCAGGAACCCAGGCUGCUGGGCUAUGGCAAUUUUUGCUUGAUGCAACACAUUCAAAGCAAGUCCACACUGCACGCGCCUGUUCGAAUGGCGUGUACGCUGCAUAUGUGGCCACGUGUGGCCUCCUCGGUCCCACUGACAUUAUCGAAGGUGAGAAAGGAAUGAUUGCAAUGCUUUCUGCAAGGAAUGCUAGACCUGAAUUUCUGGACUCCAAAUUGGGCCAGAAGUGGGCUGUGAUGGAGUCCAGUUUUAAAUGGCACGCCUCGUGUCGACACACGCACGCGGCUAUCGAUGCUUUCCUGGCUCUGAUCGAGGAAUUUUCCAUUGGUUGGGGUGACAUUGAACAAGUGAAGGCUUACACUUACGACCUGGCCAUCAGUAUCAUGAGUCUGAGCGAAAAAGCAGAGACGGUCCACCAGAGCAAGUUUUCCAUGGGAUUCGUUCUUGCGGUGGCAGCAAAGCACGGGCAGGCUAUGAUCACUGAUUUUACAGAGCAAGCACUGGAGGACACGGAGCUUCGAGACUUUCAGCGGCGGGUGGAGAUGGUGCUUGAUGCAGAAAUCGAUUCUUUAUUCCCUGAGCACUGGACCAGUCGCAUUGAAGUCACAACAAAGACUGGUAGUGUGUUUUCCAAGUCCGUCGACGCAGCAAAAGGAGAUCCACAAUGGUCAUUGACCCGGGAUGAGAUUGAAACCAAAUUUCGCGCUCUCGUAGAAUAUGGCGGUGAGAAGAAUAUGGACUUCGUCGACGAGAUUAUCAAUAAAGUGCGGCGUCUGGAGACAGAAGCUGAUAUUCACGGAUUUGCCUUCGUUUAG